GUAUUGCUUUGCUCUGUUGUACUCCAUCUGACAGUAUGUUAGUCAGUUGCUCUCUCGCCUCCGUCGGAGCCCUUGUCUGAGGCUGCGCCCUCUCCGCGCGCCGCUUGCUGGCAGCGGUCAUGGUGCUUGAAGGCAGGCAGGCAGGUUGGUUGAUUGGUGUUAGCAUCUUGGCCGGAACGCGACGACGAAUCGACACAGAACGGUCGAAAGUGUCGAAGUGAGGCGAUAACAGAGUUGUAUGUAGUUGAGCCGUACGGCGGCAGACAAGGAGACAACAGAAAUAUCGCUUGCUAGUCCCGGUGUUGUCUCUAUCUUCUGUUAUUUUCGAUAUCUAAAUUACUGCACGAACUGUUAAGCGCGUUACAGUAUAUGACCGCGCGUGGCAGUAGCUUCACACCGAACAAUACGAAGAAGCGCUAUAGGAACGCCGUUGUUAUUCAGCCUCGCGUUGUCUGCCAAUCACUAACUAUCACUAUUUAAGCUAUUUUGCCCCGUCAGGGCCCCUAGCAGCAGCAGCAGCAGCAGCAUCGUCGUCUCUGUGUGUGCGUGAGUUUGUGUAACGUAGUGUGUGUGUAUCUAGCUCGAUUAGAGUCAGCCAACGCUAGAAAAGGAAGAAAAGGAAGAAUUAAAUAAAGUUCGCACUACAUGUCGCAACAUGAAUCGUUCUACGAUAUAAACGUUUACCUACGUGUACAGUCGUACUCUGAGCUGAAGUGCCCCUAAUGAAAACACUCGUAAAUUAUAGCUGAAUUUGAGUUUGUACGUUCGUUGGCUAAGCUUUUGGUAGCUUUGAUCGAAGAGAAAGGAUCCACCACUGUGAUCCAUUACAAACUGCAACAAAGCAUGUGCAUAGCGCCUGCGACAUGAAGCAGUUCUGGCUUAAUCAUUAGCCUCGUCAACCCUCAACUAGAAGCUUUGUCCCUUGGGUGCUACCAACCCGAAUUCGAGACCGUUUCCUCACGCUAUUCUGUGUUUACCACAGAACCCGAGAGCUCCCUACGGCCACUUUACGGACUAGCGUGAGCUUUGGUCCAGUGAUCCACAAAAGAAAAACGGCCAGGCGCCCUCUUCAGUCUUUGAAAGUAGAGCGUAUUUGGAAUCUAUGCCCGUAGUGCGACUUUACGAAGCUACAUUUGGUGUACCCUUGCGUGUCGUGUUCAGCUUAUAUCUGCCGCUAUUAUUGGCGCCAGAUACCAGCAAUUUGUGAAAAGAUUAGAGUUCCUCCUUCGAAAGCGUCCGACCCGUAGCGCACUGUUGGUAAACCAUCAAUUAGCAUUGUUGUCGGACCAACUUUUUUUCGUUUCACUUUAAGUGGAACAAUCCAAAGCAAAAACGAUGUUUGUUAACCUGGCCAACAGCUUGCUUGAACCUGCGGCAAAAUGGGUCUCGUGAAGUGUGACUCCCGAAAAAGCCUCUAUUAAAUAAAGAACCGUGAGUGUUCAAUAGUUGCCUUAAUUCACUUCUCUGUUCACUUUUAGCUCAAGGGCCACCUGCCUCGUUCUUUCACUUCUUUUUUCCGGUUUGUUCCCUCAAAACCGUGAGCGCCAUAAAAACGUUGCCGCUCGUGGAUUCGCACCCAGUACAUAGUUGUUCAUCUGCGUGCGUGCGUGCGUGUGUGUGCGUGCGUGUGUGUGUGUGCGGGGGGGCUGUUUUGUUCAGUGUGUGCUUUAAAGAAAGCGCGCGACGAGCUAAUCUACUAACGUCUCGUUCUACUUACUGCUGAAGUGUUCAUCGAAGCAGUAGCAAACGCCAGAAAGGACUCGGCUCUGUGUCUUGGUGUCCCCUACAUAUUGUUCUGUCGUCAUAAGAAUUGCUAUAACCUCUACCGUUGCAACAAGCACUAUUUGAAGUCGUCCCCGCGGCAGCUGUUGUAACUGUCGUUCGUAUUAUCGCGUUGGAGCGAAACAGGUACUCUUCCCUUUGCUGUAAGGCCGCUCGCGCCCAAUCAGUCAGUUUUCCUUCCUUUUGGAUACGACACCCAGAAUGGUUGUGCUGGCCAACGCGGGGGACGGACGAUCUCCGCAUGCGGCCCCGGUUGACCAAACACAACAGCAAGAGCAGCAGCAACAGCGAAACGCCGAAACGUCCCGAGUGCAGUCUAACCUCACUGCUAGUCCUGUCGCUAAGGCCAAGAAAUGCGUCAAUAUUGCCAACCCCCCCGAAAACACCCCUAUCAUCGCUGGGCCGGUGGUGACAGGCGGAACCGAGGAGAGGGCCCCUUCGCGUGUUCGCGUGCACUUCUUUGAGAGUGGCGCCGUCAAGUGUCCCUCGGCUACCGGCGGCAGCAGUGCAGCAAUGGACGUCAGCGUCGACGGCCAGCUGUUCAAUGGCAACGCCAGCAACAGCUACUUCAGGGAGACUCAGCAAACUCAGCAGCACGUAUUCACCACUAGCACGCCUAACGGUACCAGCGUGCGAACCGUCACGUAUACUGCAAGGCAGAGUACGGACAGUGGCAUAGAUAACCCGUUCCGUCCCGAAGGAGAACUUUCCUUGGAGGCCGAUGAGAUCGUAAAGGCGAUCAAAGAAGGCCGACCGAUUGAUUCGAUCGAUUCCGGGAGAAUCUCGCGGCAAGAGCUCGGUACGACCACAUUGUCGAUCAACACAUCAGCAGUUCCUGAAAACAAAUCGCCCACAAACGUCAAAAAUGGCGCCGCUAAAAACGGUUCCGCCAAGGGUCCUUCAAACAAAAAGGACGCGAAACCGGGCGUGGUAGACGUACAGCGGGGAGUCGUGGUGCCACCGUCCGAGGCUCAGCAGGCUGAGCAGGUUGUUAUCAAGAAGAAGCCCAGGUGCAAAUGCUGUGUCAUCCAGUAGUAGACUCGUUAGCUGUGAAAAAUCAACCCAACGACCAAGAAAAAAUAAGUAGACCUUUUCAAAUAUAAAAACCCACAAACAGACAGAUAUACAGACAGAGUAAAGUAAGACAACACUGAGCAAUACAUACAACCAAGAUGACAGUAAAUGGCUACCGGCCGUUUAAAUUCUCUCCCAUCUUUGCAUUCGAGUGGGGUUCGAGUGGUUAGACGUAAAUGGAAUAGUUGCAGACUAUAACGUUCAUCUCACGACUGGUCAGCAGCGCGCGUUUUUGACACGUCUAUUGGCAGUUUUCAUCAUGCGGCAUUGCAGCGUGAUGAUCAUUUGGCCGCGUCAUCAAAGGGAAACGAAAUUGUUGUCGUCGUGAUCAACUUUCGUCAUAAAAUUACGCGACCAAUAUUAGAUAGAACGCAACAAUGUCUGCUUAAACGUGAUGACGGUUCGGACGACAGUGAGUGACCCUUCGACGCGUGGCCAUUCAAGAAAGACAAGGUCACGUUACUUCAUAUGGCAGGAAACAUAAAGACAGAAUGAAGCAGCCUUAACGAAAAGAAAAAGCUACUUAUCACGAUCAUCUUUCUAGAUGAACCGCUAGCUUGUACCUUUCAUGAAUGUUACCAUCGAGGAUAACAAAACCCUUCAGGAAAGAAGUUUCCUUUCAGAACGGACAUUGACGCACUUAGGUACAGCCAUUUGCCUAGAAGCUUUGUGUGAGCUCAUGCCUGUUUUGCGCGCGUCAACAGCAGAUCUGGUUCGCAUCUCAUUGCGGAAGCUGAGAACUACAAUUACAAUGCGUGCGCAUAAGUUGUACGUCCGACGGGGAAUGAGGUGCAUGGUACUCGGCAGACAGGUGGUCUAUAAUCGAGACAAAUCAUUUGAAGCAGAAGAUAAGACAACGGUCUAUUUAUUUUCCGACGACAGAUGACGCAAUGGCGAAAACAACCGUUUGUUUGUACAUAAAAAAGUGUAAGCACCAGGUGAAGCUAAUGGUUUGGAUACCGCAAAACGCAUACGGCGCUAUAUCCUGCGUCUAGCAUGAGCAAGAUUGUUGCACGAGACCGGAGCGUCUGUCAGCCACUGUUCCACAGAGAUGUCACCACCUGGUGGAUGGUGGUGAUAAAUUUUUUUCUUCGACCAUUCUAUUCAGCGGUGCGUAAAAACAUUAAUUUACAUUAAGAUGCACGUUCCUGUGCCUGCCCCUGUCUACAUCUUUCCCCGCCGAAAAAAAAACGAGAAAUCUUGGUACGAUGCCGAAUAAAUACAAAAGUUCAUUUCGUAACUUUCGCAUAGGUAGGUAGGUGAUGAUGAGCAAAAUGUCUGUUCGAAACAGAACCGAAAGGGAUAAACCAUAUACAACAUGUAGAAAAAAAAACAAGCAAGUAGUUGAUUUAGCUCUAUCGUGUCUGUCAGAAGUUGCUAAUGACAAUAGCUCCUUUUGACUUGUCGUUCUUUUACUUUAUAUAUAUAUAUAUAUAUAUAUAUAUAUAUAAAGCAAGGGGGAGGAAGAGAGAGGGCUAGCGAUAUGUGGAAGUUGCAGUAAAAAAACAGGAAAAAGAAAAACAGAAAUUUUCUGAAGCGGAUGGCGAAGGGGUAGGAGCAGACGAAUAGAACGGGGCGAGCUUCGUCUAGAAACAGACAAACAGGAAAGAGAGCGAUACAAAGCGAGUAAAGUUAGAACAGGGCCAAUAGCUUGGAAAGUAUGUAUAAAAGGGGACGAUUGAAGACCGAGGUAAGUAGUAUAAGACAAUUUGCAUGAUGGUGUAGAAAGAACUCGUAUGGCAUAGUGGGGAUAAUGGGGUCGGUGAUUACCUUUUGAUACAGUGUGGUAACUACAAAUGAUUCCCUGUUGCGAUGGCAGCAUAGCAACCCCCGGGAGUACAGUAGCUUUAACAAACGACGAAAAACACAACAGAGCCAUAUUAAUAUAUUAUUAUAUACAUUGAUAAUAGACAAAACAUAAAUGUAAUGUCUUUACAAAUUGAAUGAAAAGAGCAUUUUAGUGGACAAGAAUAGGAACUCUAUAAGUAACAAGCCAAACAAAGAAUUGCGCAGGACGUUUAACACAGUCUGUUCCUGUGCGAUUCCUGUCAGGCCCUUUGAAACUGCUAACAACACUUCGUUGUGAAAAAUCACAGAUCAUCCUUAAGGGGUUCGCACGUUUUGUGCUACAUAAUAACCCAAUACUUACGAACGAGUGAAAUGAAAUGUCCUUUCAGGUGUACCUAUCAUCUGUAGUAUGUCUCCUUUUCGUGCUAGGUAAACCACAUGUCCUUUGGGUUUAUCGUACUCCUGGGUUGCUAGGAGAAUGUUCUGUUGAGAAAGACAAAGACUAUGAAAAUAAUAUAUAAUCCUUCUUCACAAAGAAAGAACAAGCGAUUCCCUACAAUGCCGUAGUUAAAUCCUUUCAGAAGUGAAAAUGCUACAAAUAAUCAAUUUUCGAAAAAUGAAACAUAGAAUACAAAUAACAUGGCACAGAAGUAAAUCUUCUUCGUUUCGUUGUUGUUGAUACGAUCUUACUACGCAAACGAGGUAGGAUAAAACAGCUAAAAACAUCCUAUACAUGCUGCCUAUACAUAUUAUCAAUUGGCUAAUAUAUAUAUAUAUAUAUAAUGAUUAUCUACAUAACAUGUAUGUUACAGAUAACGUAAUUAAUUGGCUGGGCUACGAUGUUUAGAAAUGACUGAUAAUGUAAUAGUCCUUUCCACAGUGGUUCAGUGUCUGGCAAUUUUUGGCAGCUUCUAAAGGCUCCUGUCUUCUUUUCGCCUUAUUGCAUAGUCACACGUACACAUUUAUCAAUAAUACAACACAAGAGUCUCAUACAUUGUAACCCAACGACGACACCAACUUGAAAUGCGUGCAAGUAGAUACAGACCGAAGACGCGACAGAUUCGCUCGACGAGAGAUCUUCCUUGCGGGUAUAACGACGGUGUAGGGAGGCAUCUGUAUUGUGAAUACCAAACAGUUGUGGACCAGCUAUACGUUUCACUAUAUAUAUAUAUAAUAUAAUCCGCCACGUGCAUAUUUUUUUGCAAAGUUUCAGUUGCAGAUGGCACAAGAACGAAGCCAGGUCUCGAGGAGCUUCAAAAUUUGGGGGACUGCACUUUACAGCCGUGUUUUGUUACGUUGAAUAAGAAACCUGUUUAGUCUUCAUUUUGCUUUGCAUGCUAAGCCUAUUCGCGCUUAGCGUUUGCGAACCAGAGACACACAUCAACAGAAUCAACGGAUACACGCCGUUAUAGUAGCCGUUCAUUCUAGACGUCCAAUACACUUCUAUACGUCACAGAACACAUUCAGAAGCUUAGAUAAGGCGGAAAACGCGUUGUUUCUAUCAUGGAUAGAAGAAGCUCAUUGUUCUGGCGCAUCGAAUAGUGCACUGGUCUUUUACCACUUUCCGGUUGGGGGUGAAAGGUUGUGAGGUACCUCCCUCGCCUAGAGGGCGGAACAUCACCAGCCCGACCCGUACGUCAAGGCAAUCCCCUCUUUUUAAGAAGCACCUCAUUUGUUCAUCCAUGAUAAAUUGACACCAGAAAAUCGAUUCGUUUUCUACAUCGUUGUAGUUCUUCAUGAGAAUGGCUAUAUGGGCCAGUAAUACACAGACAGUGUAAUAUAGUCUACUAUAUUUCAAUUAUAUAUGCAGACAUGAGACAGACAAGCAAUUACACAAAUGAAUCGUGACGGUCCAAUUGAUACAUGACGCAAUUGUUGCCAUCGGCAACUCAAAUACUAUCUACCAAAGCUGAAAGGCACACGGUGAUACGGUAAUCCGGAGUCGUUUCGUUACUAGAAUAGCUGGAUCGUUUUAUCUGUCGCUUUGUUUUAACUGUCGCUUAUAGACGUCGAUCCUUCGUCGAAAACUGCCCGCGAACCUUGUGUCUGUAUCUUUUCACCGCGUAGCGAUUCGGUGUUGAGAACUCUUGGCCCAGUCAGUCGUCACUAAAUCGAGAACGCUCUAAAAUGGGUUUCUGUGAAUUCGAUUGGAUCGAGGUGGACAAGAUUGAAAUGACUGAUUCGUAAAAUGCAGACAACGAACAACAGGCGAGCUGUUAUGGCAAAAUACAGCAGACAGUCGUCACUGUGACAAGUUGACGGAGAACGACUACAACAAAUCAGAACGGAAAGAUACAGGCAACUUUAAAAGAAGACCGAUAAAGGCCCUUCGAACUAUUAGACAAGCAGCGUGACAAUAGCAUCCGUCUAAUUAGACAAUAGCAUUCAACGAAACGAUAGAUACAACAACACACAGGCGACAACACCUCUAAUUGCUGGUAUAUAAUUAUAAUAAUUAUUAUUUAGUGCAAUAAAUAUAUUGCCAAAAACCAAA